AGUAGCGUCGCAGCACAACCGAUGGAAAACGCAGCGGAAACGGCAAAUAGUUCGAAGUAGUGAAAAGUUGUGCAGUAGAAAAUUUGCAAAUUUCACUGAAAGUUAAAUUAAAAAGUGUGAAAACGGUUAAAAACUCGAGGAAAAGUGCGAUAGUAAAUCGAGAAAAGAUGCAAAGUAUUAUCUAAUGGGCGAGUUCGUGAAAUAUUGUGGAUUAUAAGUGUGUACUGCAUGUGAAAGUGAAGAAUAUCUACUAGUGUUCUACUGUUGUAUUAACAAAAAAAGGUCAAAAGGAAGCAGUAGCAGCAACAUUAAAAACCAAAUAUAAAACGCUAAAAUGGGUUUGAACGGCUGCUGUUCGUGUGUAAAAUACUUGAUGGUGCUUAUAAACAUCCUAUUUUGGAUUAUUGGCCUAAUCAUUGUGGUAGCCUCGGUAUGGAUGCUCACCGAUCCCACAUUCGUGCUGUCUAUGACCCAAUCCUAUAAUCACUACUACAUAGCGCUCUAUGUCUUCCUUGGCAUUGGUGUGCUCAUAACGCUGGGCGCUUUCUUUGGCUGUUGUGGCGUUGUGAAAGAAUCACAAUGUCUCCUCGUAUCGUUCUUCUGCGUAAUUUUGGUGGUGAUGGUGGCCCAAAUUGCCGCCGGCGCAUGGGCAUUCCACAACAAAGACAAACUCGAUGACAUUGUACGCGCAUCGGUGAAGUAUUCGGUGCAAGAGGAGUAUGGCCAAUCGAGCAUGAGUUCGCGCACUGUCACAUUUGAUACCAUACAAAAGAAUUUGAAAUGUUGCGGCGCCGAUGGCCCGGCUGAUUGGGCAACCAGCCGUUUCAAUAAUGUCGAUCGCACAAAUAUCGUCGAUAUUGCCAUUUCAUCGAUGAAUGUCUUCUACAAUAUACCCGAAUCAUGCUGUAAAGAUGAGCUGAAGGAGAAUGUGUGCGAAAUGUCGAGAAAAUUGAAAUUCGGUGGUUCACUGAAUCAGGCAAUAUAUCAACAGGUUUGUUCGAAAUACUAUUUUUCUUCUUGUUGAGACGUUUUUGAGUAGACACUAGGGUUAUU